GGCAUUGAUAUAACUGUUAUCGAGAAUAACCGCAGAAGACCAGGUAUCGGCUUUUCAUUCCCGAUGAUGGCAGGCAACUUGGGGCAAGUAACUGCUAGCUCAACAGUUUUUCUUCUCUGUGAUGUGCAAGAAAAAUUCAAGCCAGCCAUUGCACACUUUAACUGUGUUGUGCAGUCAUGUUCAAAACUUAUAACAGCUGGUCGCAUUCUGGGAGUUCCUCUGCUAGUCACUGAACAAUACCCAAAGGGUCUGGGCAAGACCGUUCCCGAGCUGGAUGUGCAACAUGCAGCUGUCGUGGCUGAAAAGACCAAGUUCAGCAUGGUCGUGCCUGAGGUGGACGCCGUACUGGAGCAGCUGAAGCCCCGUGUGGCUGUCAUCAUGGGACUUGAGGCGCACGUGUGCGUGGAGCAGACGGCAGCCGACCUGCUGGCGCGCGGCCACGUGGUGCACGUGGUGGCCGACGCCGUCAGCUCACGCUCACAGGAGGACCGGCUGCUAGCGUUUGAC